AUGGACAAUCAGGACCAGCUUCUGCAGCUCUUGCAGUGUGCUGACCUAUCUAGGCUGAAGAUGUCACUGGCUGCUAUUUUCCGCUUCAUUAGUCUGGCAACUAGCCUCAAGAAUGAUAUCCUUUUGGUGCAGCUUGGAGACCAGGAUGUCGAUGAACCACCUGCUAAUCUCUCACUAAGCCUUUCUUGUUUCCUCUCUGCUAGCUGUGAUAUAUCUAUGGACAACAUUCCUACAUUCUGGUUUGCACUAAAGCAUAUCAUUUGGAAUGAAGACUGCUUUGGCAUCAAUGAUCACCUUCCGAUAUCAGUAGUAUUGUUGUACAAUACUGAUGUGUUAAUGCCAGCACCACGUACCCUGUAUCUACCCAGUCAAACUUGCACUACACCUGGCUGCUUGAACUGCAGAAAAUUAAUGAUUGCAAACCAAUGGCCAGCUGUGCUGUAUACACUUGCCCAUGGCCCCAUUGCCACCUAUUCAGUAGAUCUGAAAUGUGAAGUUUAUAAUAUCAACUUUCAUCACUCCUUUCAGGUUGAUCACAAGCGUACAUACUAUGGCAAUGUUCCUGGCAUCAUUCACAUUGGAGGCCACCAGUUUGUUGAGACAGCUGUUGUACAUAUGUGGCGCUCACAAUGCCUUCUCUCCUGGACAUCUAUGUCUAAUUGUGCUCGUCUAUACAAUGCUACUCUCUCAACAGGCGCUUCUCCUCCUCCUAACUUCCCUUUUGGAUUUGAGGUCACCGGCAACCAUGUAUGGAGUGGAAUUGUCCAGUUGUCCCUCAUAGAAGACCUGGGGUUGUGUGAAGAGACUUUGACUGUGCGCCAUGGUGGUGAUCACAAAGACUGCUUUACACAAGCCAUCCAAGCU